GGGGCCCGGCGGCUUUAAAAAGUGACAACAACAACAACUGCACGAAUCAGUACCACUUGUUCUCGCACGAAAGUGUUCUCGCUUCUUGACCGUUUGUUACUUGUUUUAUGGCAGAUGAAGAUGUUGAGAAGAGCAAAGAAAAAGUGCCCGCGUUUGGUGCAGCAGAAAGUCUAUUUUCUUUCGAAUUUGUUGUCCAGUCGGUCACAGAUGUGUCGGUUGAGUGUCUUGCCCCAGCUGUUGGAUUCAGACUUUUGGACUAUCCAACCGUUAUGAUAUAUCAUACACACCCAGAAAAGAUAGAGAAUUUGCGCAAAUUGAGUGAAAUCAGCGUUGGAAGCAUAGAUUCGGCGGCAGCUGGAAAUAAGACUUUGUUUCCAAACUUAAGAGAAAAGGAUGGAAGCUUUACUUUUAGGAAAGGGAAAUCAACACUUUUCAGCAUGGAGUUUGGGAAAGUCUGCGACUUGUUAAUGAAUGUUCCAGUUUAUAUUGUUCUGUUAGAUGUAUUUGCAGCAAAACCAAGAAUGGUUGGUAGUUGCACCGUUUCUCUUCAGUCUGCAAUUGAAGAAAUAAAACAAUCUAUAAGAGCUGGUACAAACAAUGCCCCAACACUCUCAAGCAAGGUAUUCGCUUUCAAGAUGUAUAACCUUAUGGGCACAGUCAUUGGAUGUGUUACUGGAAAAUAUACUCUUUAUAGUUAUGGUAGUUCAUUAUCUAAGCAUGUAUUGAAAAGUAAUUCAUCAAGACCCAUUGAAAUUUUUCUUGACAAUAAAUGGCAGGGUGAUAAUAUUCCAAAUGUUAAGCCACAUAUCACACCCCAAAAGUUGAAGAGCAAUGAAUUACUCAAGGAGAUAAAGACUAGAGAGAAUUCAACAGAUACCAAUGAACUUCAAACACACUAUUCUGAUUUACAAAAAAGAAAAAAGGAGAGUCACAAAGAAGCUAAGUUAAAAUAUAUUCACAAAACAAAACCUAAAGAAAUUAAGCUUCCAGACCAUGACUUAGAAAAGGGUAUUUUCUAUCCCCCUCCCAUGGUGUAUUGCUCUGAAUUUUCUGAUGAAUUACAUGAUAUAGAAAGAACUGAGGAUAUAAAGUUAAGUAAAAAUGUUUCAAACCCUAAUUAUCCAAUGCAGAAUAAAGCCAUCCCACACUGGUUAAAAGAGACAUAUUCUACUUCUGAAGAUCUGAAGGUAAAAGCUUUAGCUUCUCAAGUCCCUUAUGAGCCAACUGAAGCCAAAGUUGGUUAUGUCGAGUCUUCUUCAAUCAAAAAAGAAAGUAAUACAAGUUUUGUGACUUAUAAAAAAGGUAAUCCUGAAGGAGAAAUUGCUGUUUUAUUAGAGUCGUUGGAGGAUAUGCCGCUUCUUCAAGGUCUUUUAAAGGAAAUAGUAAAAUUAAGUAAGAAUUCAGAGAAGAAGCUUCUUGAAAACAGUAUCAAGCAUAAAAAUGACGCAAAAGUUGUUGAUGCAGGUGAUCGAAAUGCCAAUGAAAGUAAAGAACAAGAUUUUAAGGGAAAUGCAGUAAGUGGAAGCAAAUCGAAAAAAAAAUAUCAAAACAAAGGAUCUAAAAAGCUAAAAUUUAGGAUGACAAAAAGCCACCAUCUACGUUGUGCUAUGAAUGUUAAUAAAAACUCUGAAUUGGUACCCACCAAAGAUGAACAUGUACAGAGCAAAUCCCGAAAUGCUCAAAAUACUAGCAAAAGGGCAAAGAAAGGAAAUAAAGAUGGAGAAAAGCAUUUUCACACAAAAGAUUUUAAAGGCAAAAGAAAUGAAGAAAUGGAGAUUAAGAGUCUGCAAGAAAUGAAUUUGGAACAGACUAAGGAAACUGGUGAUACUGCUGGGCAUAUUGAUCAUUUAAGUCUGAAAUCAAAAAGCCCUGUCAGUCUUGAAAUUCACUUGCCAAGUACUUUUGGGUCAGAAGACAUUAAUCAGUCAUCAAACGGUGAUGGGAAUAGCUCCGUUGCAGGCAGUCCUGUUCAAUCAGGCAUCUACUCGCUACCUAAACUGGAAAAAAGAUGGAUGGGUCUUGACGAUCUUUCUCAAAUGAAAAAGUCUGUCGAUGAUAUAGGUAAUGAACUUGCUAAAAGUGAGUCAGGUAACUCUUUCAAAUCUUUGCCAAGUCGAAUAGGAUCGUACAAAGAGAGAGACAGCCAGAAGUCUGCUCGGAAAUCACCAUCGUUGUACUCAGAUGCGUUUCAUUCGGCAGAGGAGUCGCCUCACUCCAAAGAUGAUGACGCAUCUCGAAAUUAUAGCAGAAACCACAAAGCCUCUGAUUCAAGUGCAUCAAGGACACAUAGAAGUAUAAAAAGUGCAUCUUCACCUGGCUCUGGUAGUUCUUCGAAUUCCAUGACAUCAAGUAGGAAGCCUAGGUCUCCAAAUGAGAACAGUGCUCGGCAAUCUAAUAGCAUCGAUUUAUCAAAGUCAAAUAAAAGCAUCAACAAAAGAAACACAUCGGAUCUAAGCAAACCUGUUAUUUCGGCUCAUUCACCAACCACUUCAAGAAGCCUAAGGACCAAACAUAGGCAAUCAUACGAUCCAAAUGACGAGAUUACCCAAAGCGUUGACAUUUCAGAUGUCUCUCUUCGUACAGAUGACACGGGUAGGCAGAGUCCUUUUACGACAAAAGACAGUCAAGCGGACGGUAUGUCAAGGAAAUCUCACUCGAGUUUCAUUGAGAAUAAAGAUGCUGAGGAGAGAUAUAGUGAUGAUUUCUUAACGAAUUCUGGAUCGUCAGGCUCAUUAAAAUCCGUUGAUGACGAGGACUACAGAACAGCAACUCCAAAUCAUAUCAUUUUGUCACAAACAAAGUUAGGGUAUACCAUGUAAUGAUAAGGGGAAUUCGUCCCUUAAUCAUUCCACCUGUAAUUUUCCACCUCUGGUUGUUUAUGUGUACUAUUUCUUCUCAGUAACGUUCUCUAAGUAUUCAGCUCCUGGUCCCGAAUUUCACUCAAGUUUGUAGGACAAUCGUCUUUUUCGUUUUGAAAAUUGAUAAUACUACUUAAAGAUACAAUCUAGUUUUCUGUUUGUUAGAAAAUGUCACCCUGCCAUGUAGCUCAUCUUUAUGAAAGAUAGCCUUUUCCCAAUAAAAAUCUCAUCCAAGUUAGCUUUUUUAAUAAAGUUUACAUCCUUGUUAUGAUUAUUGAGACUUUGACUGAGUUUUAUUGGUUAGAUGCUCUUUAUUAUUCAGUUAAGUUGAUCUUCCUCAGUUCUCAUUUACGUGGCUAAUAGCUUUAUCUAUAGAAAGCUUAGUAGUAGUAAAGUUUUAAAAAGCGAGAAAAAUACCGUCUAUUGCUUUACAUAUGCCUUUUAAGUUUGAUAGAAGAAGAUAUUUUUAUUCUUUCAAUUCAAAUGAGCUUGAAUGACAAACAA